UAAAAUCCAACAUUGUCUUCCCUUCGAAUCUAACCCUUUAUUUUUUUUUUUCAUCUUUAAUCGUUUUUUGGUUGCUCUGAUUCUUUUCUUUUACUUUUUCUCUGCAAUUUUUUUAGUCCUUUGCAGUCUGUUUCCUGCCUCAUAGAAAGACCCAACACCACACUCAAACUCUCAAACAAUCUUCUAGGCUUAGAUUUUGACUGUUAAAAGAAAAGUUCUGUCUUUUAAUUUUCUUGAUUUUAGGUCAUUUCUUGUUCAAAAACCCUGAAAUUAGGUCAAUUAAAACUUAAAAGCCCCCUCCUCCCCCCCUUCCCUUUUUUUUUUACCAAUUAUUAUAGAUUUAGGGUUUAUAUUUAUUUAUUUAUUUUUGAACAGCAAUUUAAGGCUUUUCUAGUUCACAAAACUCUGAAUUUGUCGAGUAAGAAAAAAAAAAUUUGUUUUUUUUUUGGGCAACUAAAAUAUUUGGUAUUUUUUUUGCUUGCUGUGCACUGUAAGCAUCUUCAAUUUUAGGGUAUUUCUUGUCCUGGAAACCCUGAAUUCGCUUACCCUUUCAGCAGGUUCAUGAAGUAAUAGGCUAAAAGGAGCUUCUUUGUACGGUUUUGGCUACCAGAAGAACUGGGUUCUGGUUCUAGUGCAAUUGAGGGUUUCCAGUGUUCAAAAAAGCUAUGAAAUUUUAUACCCUUCCUGGUUUUUAGCCAAAAAAAAAAAAGUGAAGGAGUUGUUAGCGAGACAAGGAUGAUUGCAGAGAAACCCAGCUGGGUUAGGCAUGAGGGAAUGCAGAUUUUCUCCAUUGACAUUCAACCUGGUGGUCUCAGGUUUGCGACUGGUGGAGGUGACCACAAGGUUAGGAUAUGGAACAUGAAAUCUGUUAGCAGAGACUUGGAAAAUAAUGAACCGACACAAAGGCUUCUUGCAACGCUCCGAGAUCACUUCGGAUCAGUCAACUGUGUUAGGUGGGCUAAGCAUGGCCGAUAUGUUGCAUCAGGGUCUGAUGAUCAGGUGAUUUUAGUUCAUGAAAGGAAGCCUGGUUCAGGAACCACUGAGUUUGGCAGUGGAGAGCCACCAGAUGUUGAGAACUGGAAGGUUGCAAUGACUUUGAGAGGGCACACCGCAGAUGUGGUGGAUCUUAAUUGGUCUCCAGAUGACUCCAUAUUAGCUAGUGGGAGUUUGGACAACACUGUCCAUGUUUGGAAUAUGAGCAAUGGCAUUUGCACUGCUGUUCUUAGAGGUCAUUCUAGCCUGGUUAAAGGAGUAGCUUGGGAUCCUAUUGGCUCCUUCAUAGCUAGUCAAUCUGAUGAUAAGACAGUCAUCAUAUGGCGGACAAGCGACUGGAGUCUGGCUCACAGAACAGAUGGCCACUGGGCAAAAUCGCUUGGUUCUACAUUUUUCAGGCGGCUUGGAUGGUCUCCUUGUGGCCAUUUCAUAACUACCACUCAUGGUUUCCAGAAGCCGAGGCAUUCUGCACCUGUUCUAGAGAGAGGGGAAUGGGCUGCCACAUUUGAUUUCUUAGGACAUAAUGCCCCCAUUAUUGUGGUGAAAUUUAACCAUUCAAUGUUUAGAAGGAAUUUCACUGGUGCUCAGGAGGUAAAAGCUGCGCCUGUUGGGUGGGCUAAUGGGGCCUCUAAGAUUGGAGGGAAAGAAUCGCAGCCCUAUAACGUUAUUGCUAUUGGGAGUCAGGAUCGCACUAUAACUGUAUGGACAACUGCAAGUCCUCGUCCUCUUUUUGUGGCGAAACAUUUCUUUACUCAGAGUGUGGUAGAUUUGUCUUGGAGUCCUGAUGGGUAUUCACUUUUUGCCUGUUCCUUGGAUGGGACAGUUGCUACUUUCCAUUUUGACAUAAAAGAGCUGGGACAUAGGCUGAGUGAUGCUGAGCUUGAUGAGCUAAAGAGAAGUCGUUAUGGUGAUGUCAGAGGUCGACAAGCAAACUUGGCGGAGAGCCCAGCACAGUUAUUGCUUGAAGCAGCUUCAGCCAAACAGACAGCAGCCAAAAAAGUGGUGCCAGAUAUUCAACAAAAUCAGAUUCCUGUGAAAUCUUCUGCUGACUUGGGGGUGACAACAAAGACUUCUGAGCAAGUUGAUGAUGCAAAGAAGGUUGAGGGAACUGCUCGUGAUGGCAUAAAUAAAGUGACAACCUCUGCUUCGAUUUCUAGUCCUGUGAAACAAAGAGAAUACAGGCGCCCUGAUGGAAGAAAGAGAAUAAUUCCAGAAGCUGUAGGUGUGCUGAAUCAGCAAGAAGUAAUUACUGGUGGGGUCCAGUCUCAAGCACUUGACUUCCCUCUUGUGGCAUAUAAUCAUGGAAAGGAUGAAAAUGGGGUAGUUCCUGCUGAUGGUGGCUUGCGUGAAGGUUCUCUGAGGGGAACAUUUGGCAGAAGCUCUGAUUCAAAAGAUCGAUCUGGGGUCACUGCUAGGGCUACCAUUACGGAGAGCUUGGUCAUUGAGAAGGUUCUGGGCUCUUCAGGAGGAGAUGGUAGCAUCAAUGUGGAGCAGUCUGGAAAUGUGAAGGCAUCCAGUUCCUCCAGUGCUUAUACUACAUCUCUUUCUAUUAGGGUAUUUGAUAAGAAAGUAGGGGAAGAUACUGUACCAAUUUGUUUGGAAGCUCGUCCUAGAGAGCAUACUGUAAAUGACAUUAUUGGAGUGGGAAAUACCUGUAUGAUGAAAGAAACAGAAAUUGUUUGCACAAGAGGGGCUCAAAAUCUUUGGUCUGAUAGGAUCUCUGGAAAAGUCACAGUUUUGGCUGGAAAUGCGAACUUCUGGGCUGUUGGGUGCGAAGAUGGAUGUCUGCAGGUUUACACAAAGUGUGGGAGGCGUGCCAUGCCAACUAUGAUGAUGGGAUCUGCAGCAACCUUUAUAGAUUGUGAUGAGUGCUGGAAGUUGUUACUGGUAACAAGGAAGGGAUUGUUAUAUAUAUGGGAUUUACUCAACCAGAAAUGUCUUCUUCAGGACUCAUUGUCAUCUCUAGUUGCUUCAGAUCCAAACUCGUCUGCAAAAGGAACAAUUAAAGUUAUAUCUGCGAAGUUGUCAAAAUCUGGUUCUCCUCUUGUUGUUUUGGCUACACGCCAUGCCUUCCUGUUCAACAUGAAUCUUAGUUGUUGGCUGAGGGUGGCAGAUGACUGCUUCCCUGCAUCAAAUUUUGCUAGCUCCUGGAAUUUGGGUUCAAUUCAGAGUGGUGAGUUGGCUGCAUUGCAGGUGGAUGUUAGGAAAUAUUUGGCCAGAAAGCCAGGUUGGAGCAGGGUAACGGAUGAUGGAGUUCAGACACGAGCUCAUUUAGAGUCUCAGUUGGCAUCCUCUCUAGCUUUGAAGUCUCCAAAUGAAUAUCGCCAGUGCCUUCUAUCAUACAUACGCUUCUUAGCUAGAGAAGCUGACGAGGCUCGAUUGCGAGAGUUCUGUGAAAGUUUUCUUGGACCUCCUACUGGGAUGGCUGAAUCUACGUAUUCAGAUGCAAAGAAUCUGGCUUGGGAUCCUUUUGUGCUUGGAAUGAAAAAGCACAAACUCUUGAGGGAAGAUAUUCUUCCUUCAAUGGCAUCAAAUAGAAAAGUUCAGCGUUUACUCAAUGAAUUCAUGGAUCUCCUGUCUGAAUAUGAAAGUGCUGAAACUAACCUCGAUAGAAAAAAUUCAAUACAGCCAACUACAUCUGAACCAGAAACUAAUCAAAUGAACCUUGACCAUUCCACAACAGAUCAAAAGAACUCCACUCCACCAGUGACGGGUCAAACAAACUCUGCCCUACAACCAACAGAUCAGAAGGGCUCUACCCCCAUCACAAUAAAUGAAACCAGCUCUACUCCACUAGCUAGUGAUCAAGUAGAUUCAGGACCAAUAUUGACGGAUCAAGUUAUUCCAGACUCACCAGCUACAGAUACUGGUCCUUAAAUUCUUCAACUUCUGACCAAUAGGAUUAAUCUAAAUAAAAGCUUUAGUAGGCUAACAUGUGGUGUUGUUGAAGUGGAUAUAGGUGCAUGUAUAUCACCAUCUUCGUCCGCAGAGACCCUCCAAGGUAUUUGCAAUGGGUAAUCCUUCCCAUGCGAGUAUCUAGUGAAUGUCUUUAAUUAUUCUUUGAAGUUGCACAUGGAAUUGUUAACAGAGAAAUCUCACUGUUAAAGUUAAGCCAAUGGAUUUUUUGUACGACGUCCCAACUACAGCUUUUGUAAUCAAUUUGGUGGAUGCUAUUUUCUUGUACUAUAUCAUGCAUAAUAUGAAUUGGAGAUUUAGAUGUUUCAUA